AUGAGCUGUGGCUCUAAGCAGACCUCCAAAAGCUGCCUGCGAGGGAGCAGCAGCAGUGUCAGCAGUGGUGGGGGUGGAGGGAGCAGCAACUAUUCUUCUGCCUCCUCAAGAGUCAUCACUUCCAGGACAAGCGGUGGUGGCAGGUUUUCUGGCAGCAGUUGUGGAGGAAGCUCCAGGAGCAGCUAUGGUGGGGGACCUGGUGGUGGUGGUGGUUAUGGAAGGAUCAGGCACAGCAGUUACGGAGGAAGGAUGAGUAGUGGCUAUUAUGGAGGGGGAAUGGGCUGUGGCAGCAUGGGAGCAGUCUUUGGGUCAGGUGGGAGUGGGUUUGGUGGUGGUUAUGGAGGGAGCUUUGGUGGAGGUGGUGCUAGUUUCAGUGGUGGCUUUCAUGGAGGAAAUAUGGGAAUUCUCUCCAACGAUGAAAAGCUGACCAUGCAGAGCCUUAACGAGCGCCUGGCUUCGUACGUGCGCAUGGUCAGGAAUUUGGAAAUGGAAAAUGCUCACCUUGAACAGCUCAUCAGGGAGUGGUACCAGAAGCAAGGCCCUACUGGUACCAAGGACUACAGCCACUAUUAUGAAAAAAUUGAAGAUCUUCAAAAUCAGCUUAUGACUGCCACUGUGCAAACCCACAAGGUACUUUUGGACCUGGAUAACACAAGGAUGACUGUAGAAGACUUCAGGACAAAGUUCGAGACCGAGAGCGGGCUCCGGCAGAACGUGGAGGCUGACAUCAACACCUUGAGGCCCCUGCUGGACAACCUGACUCUGAGCAAGACUGACCUGGAGAUGCAGUUUGAGUCUCUGAAGGUGGAGAUGAUUGAGCUCAAGAAGAAUCACGAGGAGGAAAUUAAAUCACUGCAAGCACAGUCCAGUGGAGAUGUGAAUGUGGAGGUGAAUGCUGCUCCAGGAGAAGAUCUACUGAAAAAACUCAAUGAUAUGAGAGAAGAAUAUGAGAAAAUUAUCCAGAAAAAUCAUGAAGAAGUUGAAAGCUGGUAUGAGAGCAAGAUGGAGGAAGUGAGUCAACAAGUCCACUCAAGUGGUCAGGAACUGGAGUCAGGCAACCAACAGAUCUCUGUGCUGAGACGUGACUACCAGACCCUGGAGAUAGAGCUGCAGUCCCAGCUCAGCAUGAUACAGUCUUUGCAAUCCAACCUGGAGGACACGGAGCGGCGCUACAACAUGCAGCUGCAGCAGAUCCAGGCCAUGAUUGGCCCCUGGGAGGAGGAGCUGGCCAGUAUCCGCUGCGAGAUGGAGAGUCAGAACCAGGAGUACAAGAUGCUCCUGGGCAUCAAGCCCCGCCUGGAGCAGGAGAUCGCUCAGUACCGGGCCCUGCUGCAGGAGGGACAGCAGGACAUUGGCAUCUCACAGGGAGGAUCUGGUAGUGGAUCUGCAGGAGGAGGAGGUCAUGGAGGAAGUAGCUGGUCUUCUGGAAGAGGAAGUAGUGGAGGAGGAAGUAGCUGGUCCUCAGGUGGAGGAAGCAGUGGAGGAAAAAUUGGAGGUCAUGGAAGAACUUCCUCUUCUGGAGGUGGAGGAGGAGGGAGCGAAGGAAGAACAGGAGAGGGAACCUCUGGUAAAACUUCGGGUGGAGGAGGGGGCAGUGGUGGAGGAGGAGGGGGCAAAUCCUGCCUCUCCCGCUCUUCAUCGUCCCAGUCUGGCAACUCUUCUGAAAGCCAGGUUCCAGGAGCUGCUGAAAACAAGAGGCUCUGCCUGGAAGGGAAUAAAACACUGGAAAGAGGAGCAACAAUGGAGGAAGUGUCUGAAGCCAUAAAAACAAUGAGAUCAGGGAGUUUUAGGAAGUCUGAGGAGUGA